AUGCGCGCGAGACGCGCCGACGCGCGCGGGGACGCGACAUCGCGCCCCGUCGCGCCGGGGAAAACGGUCCACGCGACGCCCGACGCGGAUAAACGCAGAGCGGACGCGGACGACGGACCGCGAACGACGACGACGACGACGACGACGACGACGGAACAGCUCGCGGCGCUGCCGUGCCAGGCCAAGCUCCGCGACUCGCCGUUCCCCGACACGUUCUCGCCGUUCCUCUCGCGCGUCGACGCCAUCACUCCGCGCGAGCUGUGCGUCGCGGCGCUCCUGUUCCCGCUCGCGUGCGCGCGCGCCGUCGCGCUCGUCGCGCACCUCGUCGCCUUCGCCGCCAUCUCCAAGCUCAAGCUCCUCGGUCUCCCGCGAGACGUCCAGCGCGGCGACGCGCCGACGCCGCGGUGGCGCGAGACGCUCUUCUACCUCGCGUUCCGAGCGCUCAUGACGUCGUGCCUGCUGCGCGUCGUGCGAUCAAACGAAAAGUGCGUCGGCGUGUUCAACCACGUCUCGUACCUCGACCCGUUCGUCCUCGUCGCCGCGCACGCCAGGGUCACGUCCAUCGCGAAGGCUGGCAUCGACGACAUGCCGCUGAUCGGCGACCUCGGCAAGGCGGUCGGGAUCCUUUGGUGUACACUACUUUUAGUCGCGCGCCGAGCCGAGUACCCUUUGCUCAUGAUCGCCCCGGAGGGCGUCACCACGAACGGCGACUCGGUCGUGAAGUUUCAGACCGGCGCGUUCGCGCCCGGGUGCGCGGUGCUGCCGGUGUUGAUUCGGUACCCGCGGAGAGCGGGCGCGUUCAGGCGCGUUCCGUACACGCGCGCGGAGGUGGAGAUCCUCCCGCCGCGCCGCCCGAGCGAGGAGGAAAAGAGGGACAAGGAGUUGUUCGCGUCGAACGUGCAGAGGGAGAUGGCGGCGGCGCUGGGCGUGCCCGCGGUGCGUCAGGACCUGUACGACUGCAAGGAGGUGAUGCGCGCGGGAUUCUGCGUGGAUCGGAGAGGGCGGCUGAUUCGCGCGGACCCGAGGACGGUGGCGGCGCGAGGGUGGGUGUGA